AUGGGCUCGUGCGACGCGCCGCUGGGCAUGGAGGCCGGCGCCAUCCCCGACUCGGCCAUCACGGCCAGCUCCUCGUACGUGCCCAACGUCGGGCCGCACAACGGCAGGUUGCGGGUGGAGCGGACGGGAGGCGCGUGGUGCCCGCGCCGCCCCGUGGAGCGCGGGGUGCGCGAGCUGCUGCAGGUGGACCUGGGCGAGGUGCACGUGCUGACGGGAGUGGAGACGCAGGGUCGCUACGACCACGGCCGCGGCCAGGAGUACGCCGAGGAGUACACGCUGGAGUACUGGCGGCCCGGCCUGCCAGCCUUCCUCGAGUACAGUCGCUGGGAUGGCCGCAAGAUCCUGAGCGGCAACAGCGACACGUCGACGGUGGUGGGGCACCGCCUCAUGCCGCCCGUGUACGCUAGCCAGGUGCGUGUGCUGCCCUACAGCGUGCACCGCCGCACCGUGUGUCUGCGCGUCGAGCUGCGCGGCUGCCUCGCCGAGGGCGGCGUGCUGAGCUACCGGGCGCCCGAGGAGCCGGCGCCCGAGCCGGGACAGGAGCCCACGGACCCCUGGUACGACGGCGAGCGCCGCGACGGCGAGCUGGCCGGCGGGCUGGGCAUGCUGGUGGACGGCCAGGUGGGCGGCGACAACUUCCGCCUCGACAUCGGCUACGGCAGAGGCAACGGAUGGGUGGCGUGGAGGAGCGACUCGUUCCCCGACCGCAAGGUGGAGCUGGAGUUCGAGUUCGACCAGGUGCGCAACUUCAGCGCCGUCCACAUCUUCGCCAACAACUUCUUCAGCAGGGGCGUGCAGGUGUUCAGCAAGGCGCGGUUCCUGUUCAGCGUGGGCGGCGAGCACUUCAACGGCAGGCCGCUCACCUACGCCUACAUGCCCGACACGGCGCUCGAGAACGCGCGCAACGUGUCCGUGCAGCUGCACCACAGCCUCGGCCGCUUCGUCAGGAUACAGCUGUACUUCGCCGCCAAGUGGAUCAUGAUCAGCGAGGUGCUCUUCGAGUCGGUGCCCGCAGAAGGCAACUUCACCGCGGAGGUGACGGCGAACAGUAGCGAGGAAGAGAUCCUCAUCAACUCGGAAGGCGCAUAUACCUAUUGGGAUUCGUUCGAGACGAUCAGCGCGGCCGGCGACGACGACGGCUACGUGGAGGCGGUGAUCGGCGUGCUGACGGCGGUGAUGCUGCUGCUGCUGGUGGUGUUCGUGGUGAUCCUGGUGGUGAGCCGGCGCCAGAAGCUGCACGGCUCGCCCACCUUCCUGCGCAACCCCUUCGGCGUCACCAUGAACAUGAAGGACCUGCUGAUGACGCUGUCCCCCGUGAGCGGCUCGGGCGUGGUGCACGCGGCCGCCAGCCAGCUGCCCGGCAAGACGCCCUCGCUGCUGUUCCCCGCGUGCCACGCCGCCAGCUGCAGCGCGCUCGGCCAGCCGGCGGCCGUCGCAGCAGACGAGGCGGCGCGGCGGUCGCCCGGGGACAGGUCGCCGCUCGGCGAGGCGCUCGGCUCGCUGCAGUUCCGCAGCCUCAAGGCGUGUGGCUCGGCGGCGCAGGGCCGCCACCCGUCGCAGUGCGCCACCGACCCGCCGCGCAAGAGGCGCUGCCACACCGCGCCGCGCGAGAAGACCCCGUCGUCUCCGCACUACCCGCAGUGGAACAUAGCGCCCGCCAUGGGACACUCGCUCAAGGGCCGAGAGCUGGCUGAUCUCGUCUCGGUUCCCCGCUGCGCCCUCCACGUCGUGGAGAGGGUGGGGGACUGCCACCUGGGGGAGGUGGUGCUGUGCGAGACGCGCGGCGCGGAAGGCGGGCGCGUGGUGGCUGCCCGGAUCCCCGCAGCCACGGCGGACGGGGCGGCCGUGGCGAGGGAGGCGCGGUUCCUGGCCGCGCUCGCCGACCCCCACGUGGCGCGCGUGCUGGGGCUGUGCGCCGACGAGCGGCCGCCCUGGGUGCUCGCCGAGCACUGCGACAUGGGCGACCUGGCGCACUUCCUGCAGUACGCCGUGCACAGGGAGGCGGCGGCGCUGGCGCCCGCGGGCAGCGCGCACGCCCUCAGCCUUCGAUGCCUCAUCUACAUGGUAACACAAAUAGCAUCUGGCAUGAAGUACUUGGAAUCAAAGAACAUAGUGCACAAAGACCUAGCUGCAAGAAACUGCUUCGUCGGCCGUGGCUACAAAGUGAAGAUCGCUGAUCUGGCGAUGAGCAGCACUCUCUACAAGAAAGACUACACGGAGGUCGGCGAGCGUCAGUGCGUGCCCAUUCGGUGGCUGCCGUGGGAAAGUAUUGUCCUAGAGCGAUACACGUGCGCCUCCAGCUCGUGGGCCUAUGCGGUCACCGUCUGGGAGGUGAUGAGCCUCGCCAGGGAGAAGCCGUUCCAGCAGCUCUCCAACCAACAGGUCAUGCAGAACGCAGAGCACAUGUACUACGGCGAGGAGCUCAAGGUGCUUCUGCCGAAACCUACGAUAUGCCCGGAGGACAUUUACGAAGUAAUGGCCGAGUGCUGGAGGCGGGACGACGGUCUCCGGCCGACCUUCCGGGAGAUGCACGACUUCCUGAAACGCAGGAGUGCAGGGCAUCGGGGGAGUGACUGACGUCUCCCGCGGGGCGGCCGCUCGUCCAGUGGCUCGUCGGGCCUCUCUACGCAUGCCAACGUGGUCUCGUGACCACCCAGCCGCUCAUCUGCCCAAGAACUCCUGCACGUUCCCGACAGUUCGCACGGCAUGUGAUUCCGUUUGGGUCCACUCUCUAGCGUUCACUUAUACACUGUUGCAGAGACAAAGCACCGAUUACACAACAUUCCUCAACUUCACCGGAGGAACACUCGAGCAUAGCAAGUUCAGUGUGCGUUGAAACACAAAUUACAAGAUCAUUUUAUAAAUGUGAAUCUUUGCAAAGUAUUCACUACCCUGAAAGCAGCAGAUGGAAAAUUCAGUCUUAUUUACUGAAAGCAUUACUUGGAAUAAAUAAUUUUGUAAUUUGCACGUGGAAGACAUAGUAUCUUCUAACAAAAAAAAAUUGUAAAAUAAAAAUGAUUGGUUGCAAUGCCAGUUAGCAGAUAUACUAUGUUACCUCUUUCGAGGGUUGCAUUUCAGGUUUACUAAUUCUCAUGAUAACUAUACAAAUCACAGCAAAUAUAUUUGCAAUGCUUCAUCAGCUGCUUUCAACAAAAGAACUUAUAGAAACAAUAGAAGUCUGGAUUGGUGAGGUUAUGACUCCUUCUGAACUUGUAGCAAUAACUCUAAAGACAUAAUUUAAUUUACUUGAACAAAAACAUACCAUGACUGUACAGCUAUCGCCUUCCUAAGUAGUGGUAAACAAUAAGUAUAGUGACCUUCUGUACUGCGCUUCCAGUAGUAUGACUAAUGUAUUUUUACACAUGUUUUAAUGUAACGUUCCAGAACUCACUUGUGUGGUACUUUAAAAUUUAGUUUUUCAUCGAGUGCUUGAAGAAAAAAAAUGACUGUACAUACCAGCAUCUCUACAAGUUAAAUAUUGCUGCAAGCAUAAAGCAUUUACUACAAAAUUUUACAAGUGUGAAAUUUAUAAAAAUGUUGCGCUAAAGCCAGAUAAAAAUAAAGGAUGUU